AUGAGACAUCCAGGCGUCAUAUCAGACGUUUACGCAAAGCCCACAUCAACACCUAAUAGUGUGACGCUCCAAGCCGGACCUCCAAUACACUCGCGUCAUCGAGUACCUUUUGACAAAACCCACGCCCACAUCGAUCCUUUUGAUAGGCCUAUCGAUAUCGAUAUUAUGAAUUCAUACGCUGAGAGACUCGCCUCAUUCACGUCAUGGCCGCACGUGUGUCCAAGUGCCUCUACCGUAGCCCGUGCUGGCUUUCGUCGAGAAUACGACCCUACUUUUCCAUCUCCGGAUCUCACUGUGUGCUCACUAUGCGGUCUUGAUCCUUGUGACUGGUAUAGUGACGGUAGUCCAUUCGAUUUCCACGCUACUCGAUCCCCGGAGUGUCCAUUUGUACGUGCAACACAGCAGAAAAAGAAGCAUCGGAAUCAGAAGACUCGCCAGCAAUAUACGAGAAGGUCUCUACAAGUCGAUCAGCCAGCCACUCACUCAGUCACUCAGUCUGGUACUUUACAAGAGGAGGAACCACUACAGGCAAUUGCGGAGAACACUGCGGAGAGCACUGCGGAGAGCACUGCGGAGAAAGCAAGCGACAACAAGGCCACCAUCACCAAGAACACGGCUCAGCUCUCCAAGAUCCCACGUCAUAUGCUAUCCACGCUCCCACGUCAAACCACCACUCAGCAGGAGAACGACACUACAAUUUGGCCUGCUAUCUCUGCAUGCCUGGGCAAUAUCACAUUGUGGUACAUCACUGCAAUGACGAUACAAGAGAAGGACCUACUGCGGCGGUCACAGCCAAAUCACUAUGGCCAAUUGGGUCUCUGCAGAGGAACAUCGGACGAUGCAUAUUUGGACAAUUGA